ACUCUCAGUGAUUCCUACACGUUUCUUCUUUUCUGGCAUUGAGCUAGUUAUUCCGGUUGCCAUAGCCGGUGCCACUCUGUCGAUCCUCUGGAAGAAUCUGCAAUUAAGGGUGAUUCAGACCGUGAAGAUAGAAAUGGAAAACAUGACAGUGAAUGCAAAACAUGGAUUAGAGUUCUGUUAGGUGUUAUGGUUUCCAUAGGGUUUGAUUGCUGUAUUUGUAGGCCAUCCAUUGGCCUUGAAACACCUAACAAAAUGCUCAUCGAACAAGCAAAAAGCAAUUGGGAAGGCACUGUCACCAAGAAAAAUUAAGAAUGAUUCUGGUUUUAAUUUCUUGGAGGUGCUCAAUUUCAGUCAGCUGGGAGAAUGAUAGGAUGUUGAUCAGUCUAUAAUACCUUGAGUAGGUAAAUUGCUUCUAAGUUCCAUUUGUUUCAAAGAAUGGCAACUGAUGCAAAGUUGCUCAUGGACUUCCAAUUUGUAGGUCACUUUCUGUUGAGUUGUCAUCCACUAAGCUGUACCACAGACUCUAGGGACAUCUCAACUCAUAGUGACUCUAACUCCUUGAAAGUCUGUUUUGAGUAGAAUUAUGAUUAAGCUUGAAAUUCAUUUAAAAUAGACAUGCUUUUCUAUAAUUCUUCUUAUUUCUCAUUUCCAUUAUCAAUGCUACUUGAUGAUGCUCUUGUAAUUAACAUCAAAGUUCUCAUGUUGUAACAAAUGAAUACAAGGAAAUCAAGAUGAAAACAGAAAGUGUCAACCAUGACAACCAGUAGCUAACAAUGGAGAUAAAUGGUAUGGUAUUGUAGACCCAGUGGUGGCGAACGUGAUUUGCUCGAUAUGUUUUUUGUCUUGAAAUGGUGAUGAAGAGAUUUGAACCCACUUUCCAACAUAGGUCACAUCUCUCCUGACAAUUCAGCCAACACCAGCAGUGUCAUUUGCGCUGGCAACCCAGUGAUGAUAUGGCAAGUCUCCGAAGUGAAGAAAUUUCAUCCAGAUCAAUCAAUGCAAAGUGGAAGAUGCAUAAAUAUUUAAGGCGAUCAAGUGAGAUAUUCUGUCAAAUUAGUUGCUAACUAACAGACAUGAAAUGUGUGGAAGGCCAAGUUAAACUUGCUAAUGUUGUCUUGAAUUUUGAUUGCAACAACGGAUGCAUUUGCUAUUGAGUACAAAAGAGCGAUGUGAGAUUGGGUGUAUUGGGAAGCUUCUGUCGAAGCUAGGGUCGAGAUUGUAACAGUUGUAUCCAUUUCUUUACAUUGUAAAGUUUCUAUUCGGCUCUUCCAAUGAAAUUUUGUAAUUGUUCUUUUAUCGUUCUUUCAUCAUCUCUUUUUGUAUCAAAAGAGUUGAGAACGUGAAAAUUGCACCAAAUUGGAAUUAAUGUUUGUACUUCAA